AAUCAAAGUGUAUUUUGUCAAAGCACCUCUCACAUUUUGAUGUUACCACUGGGUUUCCACCUGAUGUUGUACAUGAUCUUUUUGAGGGAAUUGUUCCUUUUGAACUUGCGCUUUGCCUCAAUUUGUUAAUCAAAAAAAAGUAUUUCACAUUAUGUACAUUGAAUGAAGCAAUAUCAUCUUUCAACUUUAAGUGGGCUGACAAAACAAAUCGACCUCAUCCUGUGGCUCUCAGUUUUGCAUCCAAAAAAAGUGUAGGAGGGAAUGCACACGAGAACUGGAGUUUUACCAGAUUUUUGCCUUUGUUCGUUGGGCAGAGUGUACCCUGUGAGGAGCCUGCUUGGCACAUCUUAACAGACUUGAAGGACAUUGUUGAUCUUGUUGUCAGUCCUGUUCAUACUGAGGACUCCAUUGCAUAUCUUGGUUUUAAGAUCUCCGAGCACAGAAUCAAGUUUCAAGAGGUUUUCCCAGAUGUUAAUCUUAAACCAAAGCACCACUACUUGGAACAUUAUCCAUACUUGAUCCGUAAGUUUGGGCCACUGGUUGCACUAUGGACUAUGCGAUUCGAAGCAAAGCAUAGUUUUUUUAAAAGAGUUGCAAGGAACAUCAGAUGCUUCAAAAAUGUACUUCUUUCCCUUUCACAGAGACAUCAGUAUCAGAUUGCAUAUCAUUUGCAUGCAAUUAGCUUUGCCAAACCCCCACUGGAAGUAACAGAUGUUUCCACUGUUCACAUUGAUGUUCUUAACAAGGACAUCUCAAAUGCACUGAGACAGAAGUCUCCAGAUAUGGACAAUGUGUGCUUGGCUAAAAGUGUAGCAUAUAAUGGACUAAUCUACAAGUGUGGGAUGAUCUUGAUCCACGGCUCACUGGGAGGACUGCCAGAGUUAGGUGAAAUCAUCCAAAUGGUGAUACUGCAGGACAAACUAAUCUUCAUUCUGAAAAAGCUUAGCGGAUGGUAUAUGGAACACUACAGAGCUUAUGAUCUCAAAACAUCACCAAGCAAAGAAGUGGAACUUGUUGAGCCACAAGAACUGCAUGAUACCUACCCACUGGCAGACUACAAAAUUAGAGGGAUGCGUCUUGUCACCUUGAAAAGAUAUGUCCAUGUUUAAAGGACCACCAUGGCUGGUUCAACACCUGCAAGACUGAAGGUGAUUUUAGGAGAGAACAACAUUGAAAAGCUGACUCUUCCAAAUGGCAUCCCAGAGUCACUUGAAGACCUUCUCAGCACGAUAAAGACUACCUUUGGGUUAAAAGGUAACUUCAGACUGCAAUACAUGGACCAAGACUUUGGCAACGACUUCUUCAAUCUGAAUUCUACCACCGAACUUCGGAAUUUGGGGACAAUCAAAGUGAUCCACCAGCAAACAAAUCCACCUUUGAUCAGUGCCGAUCAGUCCACUUCAUCUCUGUCUCUUUCAUUUGAGUCUGAUGACGGUAUUUCGGUGGCAUCAAAUGACACAAUUAUCCUCUCAUCCCCUGAAUCUGUCAUCUCGAACACAACAGUGGCCAGAAGACUUUGCAAUUCCCCAAUUUUCAUAUGACACAGAGCUACAGCUAGAGAGGGGGAAUACUGAGUACCGUGUGAGCCAAAAAAUGUUGACUUUAAGCGCCCGAAUGCUGUCUGAUAUCCUGAAAAGAGUUGCAGAAGAAAUUUACCGUUACAAGGCCUAUCCAGAGGAUGCACAUUUCUGCGCAGCUGCAGAGGCCCUUAUCAAAAAGCACCCAUGUUUGAAAGAACCUGGAUCAUUCAAUGGCUGCUACGGUUGGAAACAACGACUGAAGUACAAAAUGGCAAACUACAGGACCCAGCUCAAAUUACAGGGGUGUCCAGAGCUGUGUGUAAACUCACUGAAAUCUAAAGCUACUACAGAUGCUUUCCCUGCUAAAAAAGUGAAGAAGCCAAAACGUUCUGAAGCUAACUUUUAUCCAUCCUUUCCUACUGGUGAGACUCUGGACAGCAUGGAAAAAGUGAGACUAGAACUUCUGACAGAGAUCGGGAUAAGGGACAAUGAAAGGGUCAUCGCAGACAAAAUGGCUAACACGUUUGCCUACAGACGACAUGAGGUGGUAAACCAAGAACCAAGCAUUCAGGAACUGAAGGACAGAUGGCCUGCACUCUUCACACAGAAAGAGAUAAAUACAGAGUUCCAGAGGCUCAUGGCUGUUCCUCUUGAGUGGAAGUUCAUGGCCCAGUUAGACAUGCACUCAAGUCAGCUGAUCAAAGUCAUACAUUCCAAAGGAGGAGCAACACGCCAAAAGAUUGCGAACAUCAUGGACACAUUGGACCAGACUGUGGACAUUAAUCAUCGGAGGGAAUGUGUGCUGAAAGCCCUCACCAUCUUCCUGGGAGAAGAUGCAGAUGGCCUGAUCAAGGAAUACCUUGACUGUGGAGCAGAUGAUGUUCAGAAGGACCUGGAGGAGGUCACCAUGGCAGUGUAUGUGAUUCGGAAGGAGGGGGAGGGACUGCAGGAGCCACCUGAAGACAUUGGCAUUGUCAUUGAGGGUGUGGAAGUGUUGCAUGAACUAACUUCGGUUGCCUCAGCUUGUGCCCUGCUUCUAGGUUUGAUCUAUGCACUCAACCUAGCUUAUCCAAAACCCUUUCGCUUCACUUUUGAAGUGCUCCAAAAAAUCUUCAUGCAGCUUGAUCAGCACAAGAUGUCCCCCAAAGUCCAAAAUCUGUAUAUCAAACUUCAAAGCUCCCAGUAAUGGCACAGAACAAUGACCAACAAAUGGCCUUGUGCCAUAAUGCGAAGGAACAACUGUGUUUGGAAAUAUAGUGAAAAAUCUGUAAAAUAUGUAGUCUCUUUUGGAUGUUGGGCCUUUUUUAUGCUCCAAGAGACCUCAAACCACAAUUUAAUGUGCUUUUAUACAUACUUUGUAUGGUAUUUUUAUUUAUUUUUUAAUUUUUUUUCAGACAUAUUUGCCUUCGUUUCAAGGGAAAGGUUGCAUUUCAGGUUUGAUGUGCUCAGUUAUACAACAAACUGUUGUGACAUUCUAAAACUCUAAAGGAGUGUUUAUAUUUUUUCAUCCCCAUUGGUCAGCUACACUGUUCAGAUAUUUAUUCAUUGGCUAUAGCUGAAGAGAAGUUUCUGUAUACUCUUGGGGCACUUUUUCAUAGUUGACACUAUAUGUGUUGAGAUUGAUAUUUGUGUAAUACUGUGUUGCACUUUACACUUUGAUGACAACUUUGUGGUCCUACUAAGCGUUACUUGCAUUUUGUGCAUAUGUGUUUUAAAAAGGACAAAUGUGUAAUGUGUUUGACCAAAAGCUGUGUUGG